AUGCAUCGUAUACGGGGGCCGGGUUCAAUGACCCCCAGCUUAAUCAAUAACGAAACUCUACCUUCGAACACUGACGCCGCAGACUCAUUACCUGCCCAGGAAUACCCAGCCGAGACAUUAUCCCCUGAAGAGUCGAGCAACCGUCGUUCUAAGCGAAAAGCUGGCACCCUCGAACAGGACCCUAGCGAUGAUAAUGUCACGACAGCCAUCAAACGACGGCGCAACACCAUGGCUGCCCGGAGGUACCGUCAGAAGGGACGUGAUCGCAUUGCUGAGCUGGAGUAUGCUUUGAGGGACAUGGAGCACGAGCGGAACGAGCUUAGGCUCCAGCUGGCCAGGAGAGAGGCGGAAGUGGCUGCUUUGAAGGAGAUGUUGAGGAGGUAG